CUGCUCGUUAAAGUGAAGCUGUCAUCCGUACGUCUCUUUUGUGUUGUUGAAAAAUGGCGAAUCGUGUUGCAAGUCGUCGUCCGGCUCAAGAAGUCGAUAAAACCAUUGCUUACGUGCAAUGCGAUGGCUUGGCUGCUAUGAAAAUGGUUAAGCAUUGCCAUGAGGAAUCCUCGAGCAAUAUGGAAGUAGCACAGGGUGCUCUGCUCGGUUUAGUGGUCGAUGACCGGCUGGAAAUCACCAACUGCUUUCCAUUUCCGAAGUCGUCGGAUGAAACGAUCGACGAGGAAGAGUAUCAGCUGAACAUGAUGCGUCGAUUGCGUCUGGUGAAUGUGGACCAUUUCCACGUAGGCUGGUACCAGAGUGCGGACGUGGGCAACUUUCUGUCGCUGCCUCUGCUGGAAUCUCAGUACCACUAUCAAACCAGUAUCGAAGAGUCGGUGGUUGUCAUCUAUGACACACAGAAGUCUAAGCGAGGUUUUCUGACUCUGAAGGCGUAUCGUCUGACUCCGCAGGCUAUUGCCAUGUACAAAGAGGGAGAGUUUACCCCGGAAGCGCUGCGAAAUCUUAAGGUCGGCUACGAAAAUUUGUUCUUGGAGGUACCGAUUGUAAUUAAGAAUUCGGCUCUAUGUAACAUCAUGAUGUCCGAAUUGGCGGAGAUGGUUCCGGAAGAAGAGGGUACUCAUUUCUUAGAUUUAGGUACAGCUUCCGUUCUGGAGAAUCACUUGCGCUGUCUGAUGGAUCGGGUUGAUGAAUUGAAUCAAGAAGCUAAUAAGUUCAAUAAGUACCAGCAAUCCGUUAUUCGACAGGAACAGGACAAACACCGCAUGCUGGCCAAACAUGCCCAAGAGAAUGCUGCACGUAUUGCAAAGGGCGAGGCAGCGAUUCCAGAUGACGAGGUUAAUAAGCUGUUCCGUCCGUUGCCUGUACCACCGAGGUUGAACCCGAUGAUCGUGUCCGGUCAGAUUAAUACCUACGCUCAGCACAUUUCGCAAUUCUGUUCGCAAUCACUGGCUAAGUUGUACAUGACACAGGCUUUGCAAGGCGCCAAGGACAACAAGCAGUAGGUGUGUGAUUCUUACAUUUCCAUUUAAACGCGUAUUAGAAGCAAGCGACACAGAAGAGUUGGAGAAGAUUCCCUUAAAAGUCGAAAGAUAAUUAUUGAUAGUUGCCGAUAAAUAAAAUCUGAAGAGCUGCUCGUUUUGGGACAGCAUCGAGCGGUAACUACUGGGACUGGUAUCCAAGAAAGAACAAA